AACAGCUGGUCCUGCUCCUACAGCGUUGGGAUUUGUUCAUGAGGAUCUGGAGUGCCGGUAUGGCAAGCGAUAUGGAUCCGGAACAGAAUCCCACCGCCAAUCCCGAUACAAUUUACCUUUCCCCGUUCGUCUCGGUCGGGGCGUGCUUUGUGAUAUCCGUAAUUUAUGUUGCCAGUCUGUACAUAUGGAACACCAAGCACGAUCGUGACCAUCCAUCAACGAUAAAACGUCGAUUCUUUAGUGUCUUCGUAGUCAUGCUCGUCGCUCCGUUUUUUGUGCUUGCACUAUCCAGCAAGCAGGUAUUCGAGCGCUACAGCUUAUGGGAGAUAAUGGGGUUCCGGCGGGAAGGUCUUUUCACAGCUGCGGCGGUUCCACUACUGUUAACUAUGGUGCUAUUCCUGGGUCCCUUAAGUGUACAGCUGUCGAGCGGUGUUUGGCGGAUUUACUCGGAACCUAUGUACUGGAUGAACGCAGUGCACAGCUUGGUCUGGCUACGUAACCACUUCGUUGCCCCACUGUCCGAGGAGUUCACGUUCCGUGCCUGUAUGUUACCACUGCUUCUCCAAACCUUUCGGCCAUCUGUUGCUGUGCUCAUUACGCCACUCCUGUUCGGACUGGCUCACCUGCACCAUAUCAAAGAGCGUUUACAAAAUGGGAGGCCUCUGCGGGAGGUGUUGAUCGUGUCGUUUUUUCAGUUUUUCUACACCACUAUCUUUGGUAUUUAUUCGGCGUACUUGUUUGUACGUUCAGGACACUUCGUUGCACCCUUCAUUGUACAUGCAUUCUGCAAUCAUAUGGGAUUUCCCGACGUCCAGGAAGUGCUUUCCCAAGGGGACCACAAAAAAUACAUUUUUAUUGGAACUUAUGUACUAGGUCUCGUCGGAUGGAUCAUUUUUCUCCCAACCCUUACCACACCAGGUUGGUAUGCGAACAAUCUAUUCUGGGAGUGGCAACUAUAAUAGGCUGUGCUGGGGCUGAAAUAUUCUUGUGCCAUUGUCAAAGUAUCACUAUCAAAUGUUGCAUCCAUUAGAUAAAUAAUCUUUCCGUGUUGUGUGCCCCGUGCGAUACUAGCCAGAGUCAGCAUAACUUUGUCUAUCUAACUUCCUCCUCUCCCUGUAAUUCACUCGUUAGAAUGUUCAAAUGGUUAGGUGAAUUCUGUGAAACUAAGACAGUCUAAUGUAACAUUAAAAGUAUUGCUGUGCAGCAUUUCGUGUAAGGAACACAGAUUCUAAGUCCAACAUAACUAGCGCCACUUGGUCAGAUACACAACCGAUUCAACAUCGAAUAAGAAAACGCCAAUAGCACCAGAAACCGCCUUGAUUUCAAAGAUGGUCUCGAUGAAGAUGAUUAUGGACAGGUAAACUGGUCUUUACUAGUUAAUAACUCGUAAAUAACGAAUACACGACAUUUAAAUGUACAUUUCAAUACAGUGCCCUUCGAAUUGAUAGACAAAGCUGGUAUGUCGAUAGAUUUAUACGCUUUUUAUCGUGAAAUAAAUUACGUUUGUUACAAAUGUUUUCUACGCUCAU